AUGCCGAGACACGAACCCAGGGAGGCUAUAAACAUUACAAUAAAUGAAACAGAAGACCCAAGACUCGCAAAAUCGUUGACUAUCAGCGAGUUUAUAACCGCUUUCGGAAAGUACAAAAGAAAGGUGUGCAAGAAAGCUCCCCAUAGAAGGAUUGAAUUAGAUAGAUAUGAAGCCAAUAUCGUAGAAAUUUCCAAUGUUUACGGGAGGAAAUUUUACGAUUACCACUGCCAGUUUUCGGCUAGGGCAGCCGCAGCAUUACAUGACAAUAUAGGCAAGGUGGACAGCUGGGCCCUAAAGGAUAAUGGUUUACUGGCCAUGAUCAUGGACAAGGAAUCAUGUUCUCUGUCCUACGUACGCAUAGAUGACGCCAUCAGGAAGCUACAGGAGUUGGGGAAAGGUACUACCAUGUGCAAAACAGACAUAUCAGAUGCAUUCAAGAUUAUUCCGGUCGUACCGUCACAGUGGCACAUGUUUUGCGUAAAGUGGAGAGACAGCUACUAUUAUUACAACAAACUAGCAUUCGGUUGUAGGCCAAGUCCAAAAAUAUUUGACAAUUUGUCUCAGGCGGUGUGUUGGAUAGCGGAACAUAGAUACCAUAUCAAACACAUACUGCACUUACUAGACGAUUUUAUAACAUUCGAACAUCCAGACAACUGUGAAGACAGGAACAUGGCACUCCUACAUCUCAUAUUUAAUCUAAGGUUAGGCAUUCCCAUGGCAAAGCACAAAACGUGUGGGCCGGAGACAGUCUUAGAAUACUUGGGCAUCAUAUUAGACUCCGAGAAAAUGGAAGCUAGAUUGUCCACGGACAAAUUGAUUAGGAUUAUAGGAUCGUUAAAAUCCUUCCAACAACGACAGUCGUGUACCAAAAGGAAGUUACUCCAGCUUCUCGGCCAUCUGAACUUCGCUAGUCGUGUUGUACUUCAAGGAAGAUCCUUCGUAUCUCAUCUAAUAUCUCUAUCAACCACAGUCAAAGCGUUGCACCACUACGUAAAAUUAAACAAUGAAUGCCGGGAAGACAUUAAGUUGUGGAUCUACUUCCUGUCCCAUUGGAACGGUGAAUCAGUUUUCUACAACAACAAAGUAGUUACAUCCGAUGAAAUGUGUCUGUACACUGAUGCCUCCGGUACUCUUGGGUACGGGUGUUAUUUCCAGGGGCUAUGGUUCGCGGAACCAACCGAUCUGCAUAAUCCUUAUGCAUCUAGCAGUGAUCUGUCGAUAGCAUUCAAAGAACUAUAUCCGAUAGUCGUCGCUGCCAUGAUAUGGGGUCACAUGUGGGUAGGACAACGCAUAGUGUUUAUGUGUGACAAUUCCGCAACAGUGGCAAUUAUACAGAAAGGUCGAUCAAAAUCUCCCCACAUCAUGCCACUAGUCCGCAGCGUCACAUUAUGCGCUUCAAUAAGCAAUUUUACUGUAUUGUCUCAGCAUGUUCCUGGUCGUCUCAAUGACAUCGCAGACUCUUUAUCUCGAUUACAGAUAAACCGUUUCCGACAGCUGGCACCUCAAGCGGCUCAAUUCCCAUGCAAGGUACCUCCGCCGACAGCAGUCCUGUGGGAUUCAAGCCAGUAA